AGAGUCCCUAUAAAAGGCACAGUCCAAAUUCACUAAACGAGCUGGAUGAUCGAUCAUUAUUCUGUCAUGAUGGCUCUUAAUGCUGGUUGUUUUUGGAAAGGAUUCCUGCUGCUCUCUUUUCUCUUCAUUUCUAUAAAUGGACAAUCAGAGCCCUCUUUCAUGGUGACAUUUCCUGCAUUGAUCCAGUCAGGAUCUGAAGCUAAACUGUGUGCAAGUCUCCUGAAGCCCAAUGAAAGUCUUGUAAUGACCGUUCAUCUAGUGAAGGAUGACCAGAUCACAUUAUUACUGCAGGAGAAAACAGAUGAAAAGUUUCAUCGCUGCUUCAACUUCAAGGCUCCAUUGGUGGAAGGAGACUCAGUGCAGAAAAUAAAGGCUGAAAUUAAAGGGGAGUCUUUCAAGAUGACUGAAGAGAGAAAAGUUAUGUUUAGACAUUACAAUCCUUUGACCUUUAUCCAGACUGAUAAACCCAUCUAUAAUCCAGGACAAACAGUACAUUUCAGAGUUGUUACCGUGGAUACAAAUUUUGUACCCCUUGAACAACAGUACAGUACAGUGGUGCUUGAGGACAGUGAAAAUAACAGGAUCGGUCAAUGGACCAAUAUUUCCUCAACAAGAUGGAUAUUGCAGCGUUCUUAUGACUUAAACCCUGAAGCCCGUGAGGGCAGGUACACACUAAUUGCUCACAUCGGUGAAAGAAGGAUAACAUCUUAUUUUCAGGUGAAAAAAUAUGUUUUGCCGAAGUUUGAAGUUACUAUAAAAGCACCAGAUAGUGUGAGUGUGGCUGCUGAGGAAAUGACUAUUGAAGUUUGUGGAAAAUACACUUAUGGGCAGCCUGUCUCUGGAAAAUCAUGGAUAAAAGUUUGCCGUCCUUCACAUUGCUUCAGUGAAGACAUUAUAAUCUGUUUUACUGAAACCGCUGAGAUAAAGGAGACGGGCUGUGCUGUUCAUUCUUUUAAUGCAUCAGCUUUCAGCAACAUUACAAUAAACAAUCAACUGCAACAUUAUCUUAAUGUUGAUGUGAAAGUAACAGAAGAAGGAACAGAGACCACCAUGACAAAAUCAGAAACUGUAUCCCUCACUUAUGAAAUUGGACGUUUGGCAAUUACAGACCUACCCACGACAUAUAAACACGGAUCAGUCAUAAAAGGAAAAAUCAAGGUUACAGAUUUCAAAGGAACACCAAUUCCAAACAAAGACGUUUAUCUCUUCAAGGGGAGGCACUGGUCCCCAAAUCUGCUCUUUAAUCUCACUACAGAUGACAAUGGACUGGCAGCAUUCUCACUUAAUACAUCUAGUCUGCCUGAAAGUCAUCUUAAUCUGAUGGCAAGCGUAUAUCCAGGAUUUUAUAUAAAUACCUAUGGCAAGCCUUACUUUUCUACAGAUCAAAAAGGAGUUUCAAUUUUCCACCACGCCACCCCAUCAUUUAGUGAAUUGACUAUAGACAAUCUUAAGGAACCCUUAAAGUGUGAAGCUGAGUUUACAGUAACCAUUAAGUAUAAUUUCAUUGGAGAAACCAUUGAUAAGUUCAACACUGACAUUGUCUAUAUGGUCUUGUCCAGAGGUGUGAUAGUUCAUCAUGGAUAUGAGAAGGUUGAAGUGAAGACUUCAAAUGGAGCAGCAAGUGGCACAGUGUCAUUCAAACUGUCAGUUAAAGCAGAUCUAACUCCAGUAGUGCAGAUACUUGCAUACUGUGUUCUGCCCAGUGACAAUGUAGUUGCUGCGAAUAAAAACUUCAACACUGAAAAGUGUUUCAAUAACAAGGUGUCUCUUCAGUUUUCUCCUGCUACAGCAGUUCCAGGUGAAGCAAACACAAUACAGCUGUCAGCUCAGCCUGGUUCACUGUGUGCUCUCAGUGCUGUAGAUAAAAGUGUUCACAUCUUGGAUACAGGAAAACGUCUGGAUGUUGAUAAGAUUUUUAACCUUUUGCCAGUGCGUUCAGUGUCAGAAUAUCCAUACCAGACUGAAGAUGAGCAACCAUGUUUGCAUGUUAGACCCCGUCGAGCUGUGGAAAUAGAUCACGCCUAUGAAUCCUUAAAGAAAGUGGGAUUAAAAAUUGCAACAAAUUUGGCUGUGAGAGAACCUCAGUGUCUAACAUACAAGGGCAUGACUUUUCACAGACACGAUCCAAUGAUGACAGAAGACUAUUAUUUUGAAAGAGUAGGUGCAAGCAGUGGUUUUGGAGGUCCUCAAGAAACAGUACGGAGCGUCUUUCCAGAAACAUGGAUUUGGCAACUUUCUGAAGUUGGGGACUCUGGAUCAGCACAGGUUCCUGUCAAGGUUCCUGACACCAUCACCACCUGGGAGACGGAUGCUUUCUGUCUAUCCUCCAAAAGUUUGGGUUUGGCUCCUCCUGCUCAGCUGACAGUUUUCCAGCCCUUCUUCCUGGAGCUUUCUCUGCCUUACUCCAUCAUCCGUGGGGAGAUCUUUGAACUGAAGGCCACCGUCUUCAACUAUCUGUCCAAAUGUAUCAUGGUUAAAGUAACUCCAGCUCCAUCUUCAGACUUCACUCUUAAAGCCUCCUCUGAUGAUGACCAGUAUUCAUCCUGUCUGUGUGCUAAUGGAAGAAAAACCUUUAAAUGGAUUCUCACUCCUUCUGUUCUUGGAGUGUUGAAUAUAACAGUGAGUGCAGAGGCAGAGCAGUCACAGACUGUGUGUGACAAUGAGAUUGUGAGCGUGCCAGAGAGAGGACGCAUUGACAUAGUUACUCGAAGUCUCCUUGUACAGGCUGAAGGGACUGAAAAGACAGAGACUCACAGCUGGUUACUGUGUUCAAAGGGUAACAGUCUUUCAGAAGAGCUGGAUCUGACGCUUCCUAAAGAUGUGAUAGAGGGAUCAGCAAGAUCUUCAGUUUCAGUCAUUGGAGACAUAUUGGGUCGUGCACUGCAGAAUCUUCAUGGAUUAUUACGAAUGCCGUACGGCUGUGGAGAACAAAACAUUGCUAUUCUGUCUCCCAAUAUUUACAUUUUACAGUAUCUGGAAAACACAAAGCAACUCACUUCAGCCAUCAGAGAGAGAGCCACAGGCUUCCUGAAGAGUGGAUAUCAGAGACAGCUGAACUACAGACAUAGAAGUGGUGGAUACAGUACAUUCGGCCGUGGUGAAGAGAAUACAUGGUUGACAUCUUUUGUCCUGAGGUCUUUUGGCAAAGCACAGAAGUACAUAUUCAUUGAUCCAAAUGUUAUUCAAAGUGCAAAGAAUUGGUUAAUAAGCAGGCGCAGUACAGAUGGUUGUUUUAUUCAACAAGGAAGUUUGUUCAACAACAGAAUGAAGGGUGGAGUUAAUGAUAAUAUAACCAUGACUGCUUACAUCACUGCAUCAUUACUUGAACUGGAAACUCCAGUCACAGAUCCUGUGGUCGCUCAAGGUUUGUCCUGUUUGAGGUCCAUCAUUGGGAAUCUUAAAAACACUUACAGCACUGCACUGCUAGCCUACACUUUCAGUCUGGCGAAUGACACGGACACCAGACAGCAGCUUUUAAAGGAACUGGAAAAUCUUGCCAUUUCAGAAGGGUCUCAGCUUCAUUGGUCUCAGUCAGGAUCUGUUGAUGAUUCUGGUUCUCUGUCAGUGGAGAUCAGCUCAUAUGUUCUGCUAGCUGUUCUCACAUCAGAUUCAGUCACUACAGUUGAGUUGGGUUAUGCUAACAGGAUCGUCAGCUGGCUUGUCAAGCAGCAGAACGCCUAUGGAGGAUUCUCAUCUACACAGGACACAGUUGUGGCUCUUCAGGCUUUGUCUUUGUACGCCACCAAAGUCUUCAGCUCUGAUGGUUUCAGUACAGUGACGGUUCAGUCAGCAGGAGACUCUCACAACUUUGAUGUGAAUCAGGACAACAAGUUACUGUAUCAGGAGAAGAAACUGACCAAUGUUCCUGGCAAAUACAGUAUUGAAGUGAAAGGCUCGAGCUGUGUGUCUGUGCAGAUGGCUCUGUUUUACAACAUUCCCACUCCCACUGAAGAUAAAACAUUGACCAUUGAAGCUACGCUUGAGGCUGAUUGCAAGAAAUCAUUCGCACAACCAAAAAAUUUGAACUUCACUGUCAAAUAUAAUGGUCCACAGGAAACUACUAACAUGGUCAUUGUGGAUAUUAAGCUCUUAUCAGGAUUCACAGCUGACACAUCAUCGAUGUUUUCACCACUUGUGGAGCGGGUGGAUACUAAAGAUGAUCAUGUCCUUGUAUAUUUGAAGGGGGUUCCAAAAAAUCUCCCUAUGAAUUAUGAGAUACAAUUAAAACAGAUUCUUCCAGUUAAGAACCUCAAGCCAGCUGUGAUCAAAGUCUAUGAUUACUACCAAACAAGUGAUCAGUCAGAGACCGAGUACUCCUUCCCAUGUGAAUAAUGCAGCUCAUUGCCCCCUUGAAUGAAUUUCGAGUUGAAACUAAAAUGUUAUUUUAUGUGAUCAGUUUGUUUGUUCUUUAUUAAGCAAAAAUAAAGUGUUACUGCAUAAAAGUGUUUUGUUUGGGGUUUUUUGGUCCAGAAUGUCUUACAACCUCAUCCCCAUGGUCAGCUCAACUCCCUUUUCCAGUGUUUUUCAAAAAUCAUGCACCCUGCCUUUAAGUCCCAAUAUAACUAAGGCCUAGUCCUAGAUUACACACCUCAGUGGUUAUCUUACUAUUUUGUUGCUGCUCUGGCACUCUCAUUUUCCAGUCGAGUUUCCAGCACUAGCGAUCUUUUGGACAUUGGUGGUAUUACAUCAAAUGAGUCAUUCUGAGCCAAAAUACCCAAGAGGUACUCCCGGCAGGGCGAUGACGUAGUGGAUAAAUCCAAUACGUAGUGGAUGUUCAAACAUGCAUACGCAGUGAUAAAUCCAAAUCCACUACGUAGUGGAUGCUGUAAUACAUUGUGUAUUUUUUGUCACAAACAUGAACACAUUCGCCGUGAUAAUGCCGACAGACAUUAUCCUAGCUUAGUUAAGAAGUAGGGGUGUGACAAGAUCUCGUGCGACGAGAUCUCGCAAGAUUAAAUGUGUCUCGCGAGAUUUCUUGUGGAGGUGAAAUGCUGGCCGUUUCUCAAAUAAAAGACUGCAUACUUCGGAGGUUGCAUUUUUAAACUGCAUUUACUUCAUAAAGACUGUCUUAUUAGAGACUAUUAACAAUUAUAAAGUUUACUAAUAAUUUAGUUAAUCGCAAAUUGUUGUAAUAUGCUCACGACUUGCGAAUGUAAUGCUCAGUUAAUGAUCUGAAAUAAACCUUGAUGAUGUAUGCAGCCUGCAUAUGCGACCUCCGGAGGAUGCAGCUUUCUGUUUGACCCUAGGGGCCAGUAACACCAAAAGUGUUUAUGGCAGUUGUAGGCGCCUUUUUUGAAUGAUAUUCUAUGGGCAGGGCGCGUUUGCGCUGUUUAUGCGCCCGAGCGCCUUGCGGUUUUUGGCGCCUGCUGCGCACGCGUUUUUGAAGGAGCGCUGAGAGGGGAGAAGCGCCUGACGUCGUUUGCAAGCGUUUAAAGCGUUUUUGGUGUGACUGGCCCCUUACAGUGCAUGCAUUAUAUUCUGUCUUUUCUGCAUUUGCUUUUUUGUUUGGGUUUCCAAUAAUGUUCAUUUGGGAACUCGUAUGAAGUCUGAGACGCGUUGUGUUUGUCUGUUGUUCAGUGUCAGAUGUGAAGUCUCAGCAGAUUAAACCAUCACAGAGUUUACAUGAUUUAAUGUCUGCAUGUUCUUGCUCAAAAAUGACAGUAGCUGUAUCAUUUCUAUUGUAAAGAAAUGGACGUAUAUUAAAUAUUCAAAUGGAUUUAAACAUUAUAUGAGAAAUAG